UGACCAGGAGCCUAUGUCUGCCCAAGUCCCUCUCGUCCUGGUCUUUUUUGCCUGUCCACCAUCUCCCUAUUACCCUUUGGUCGAGAGGGAAAGCAGAAGGAAGUAAGUUCCCUCCACCUUCUUAAAUCGACCUGAAAAGCAACGGCAAGCUUUGCGGGGCGGCGAGGUGGCGGCACGGAGUACGAGGCUUGAUGCAGGGUCUGCUGGUCACAGCGGGGCACCUCGAGGAGAGGACGGCUAGGAGCCCACGACCCGGAAAGGUUCAGGUCAGGGAAGGGGUACGCAGUGGACCGGGCCUGGGGCGCGAGGUUGGACGCCGAAAGGCAGGGAGUCUGCAGGCCGCACGGUCCCCGCCCCUGUCACUGCGGGCGAGGCCUGUAGCAAAGCCUGCUGGGAAAAUGGUGGGCUUUCGGGAAGGAGGGGGCGAUCGGGAAGCGGUGGAGUCGGGAGAGCCGGAGAACCACUGGGAAAGCGCAAGGUUGAGGACCUGGGCCCCGAAGCAGGAAAAGGCAGGUAUUGGAACCCACGGCCAGGGUGUUAGUCCAGCCCCUUAGUAUUCUGACUCUAUUCUGCCUUUCUUGUCUCCUAAGAAUAACUGUGCUUGAAGAAGAAAAUUCCCAGCAUGGAGAAACCACGCCAAGAAAAUGAAGAAGAGCCGCAGAGCGCGCCCAAGACCAAGGAGGAGAGGCCUCCGGUGGAGCACUCUCCCGAAAAGCAGGCUUCCGAGGAGCCGUCUUCGGAGGAGCAGUCCUCGGAGGAGGAGUUCUUUCCUGAGGAGCUCCUGCCUGAGCUCCUGCCUGAGAUGCUCCUUUCGGAGGAGCGCCCUCCGCAGGAGCGUCUUUCCAGGAAGGACCUGUUUGAGGGGCGCCCUCCCAUGGAGCAGCCUCCUUGUGGUGUAGGAAAACACAAGCUCGAAGAAGGAAGCUUUAAAGAAAGGUUGGCUCGUUCUCGCCCGCAAUUUAGAGGGGACAUACAUGGCAGAAAUUUAACCAAUGAGGAGAUGAUACAGGCUGCAGAUGAGCUAGAAGAGAUGAAAAGAGUAAGGAACAAACUGAUGAUAAUGCAUUGGAAGGCAAAACGCAGCCGUCCUUAUCCUAUUUAAUGUGUUCGGCCUUUAAUUCGGUUUUGCCUGCUAAUACUAUUGCCAUUGCCACCUGGACUUUCUGUUUGCAUUUUCUUCAUGCCUUUGCCCCUGUUCUGAAUUUUAACUUUUUGGGAGGCUUUAUUUUAGAUGUUUCGUUUGUAACUGGCUUAAAGUUGGCGUUUCCUCCCUAAAAUCUGCAAGUGUCCCCCUUUCAAUCAUGAGGUCUACACAUUUGCAUGAAAGAUGUACAUUACAUAUUGUGAAAUGAAAAACGCAAUUUUCAAAUGCUAUAUAUUGUACUCCAUUUUUGUAAAAAAUGUAUAUUUAUAUAUUAAUAUGCAAAGAAAAAACGGAAAGUAUAUACUUCAAAGGCAUAACAGUGGUUAUCUGUGUGAUAGAUGAUUUUAAAAAAUUUUUGCUUUAUCUGAAUUUCUCAUUUUUUCAAGACAAACACGUUUUACUUGUGUUGCAAAAAACAUAUAAUGAAAAAAUAUCAUGCAAUUUUGAAGAAAACUGUCAAUCACCUUAUAAAGACAAUGUGGCACUUAAUAAAUACUUGUCAGAACUU